UCUAUAAAGUCCAGUCAGCUGCUUUCAUUUUACCUCAAUAUGGCUGCUGCUGGAGAUCCUAAUGCAACAGGGAAGUACAUUGCCUCCACGCAACGCCCUGAUGGGACCUGGCGGAAGCAGAGGAAGGUGAAGGAGGGAUACGUGCCCCAGGAAGAAGUGCCAGUGUACGAGAAUAAGUAUGUGAAGUUUUUCAAAAGCAAACCAGACCUGCCCCCCGGUCUGAGCCCUGAGGCCAACAUGCAGCCAGGCAAGCAGGCCGCCAAGGCGGAGAGCAGUGAAACAGGACUGUCCAAGACAACCAAGAGGAACUUGAAACGUAAGGAGAAGAGGAAGCAGCAGCAGGAGAAAGGAGAGAGGGAGACGGACGAACUGAUCCAGUCACUGGAGAAGACCACCCUCUCGGGGGGCAGCAGCCGGGAAGGGGGCACACCAGGGGAUGGUAAGUCAGCCACACAGCAGCCCUGUGGGGGGAAGGCCCUGGGGGAUGGGGACUCCUCAGCCUCGGAGAAAACAAAGAAGAUGAAAAACCUGAAGAAGAAGCUGCGGCAGGUGGAGGAGCUGCAGCAGCGGCUUGACUCUGGGGAAAUAAAGCAGCCGACAAAGGAGCAACUGGAGAAGCUGGCACGGCGGAAAGCGUUGGAGGAGGAGCUGGAGGAUCUGGAACUGGAUUUGUGAGGGGGGCCUGGGAGGGGACUCUGACCCAGACACGGUGCGCACAGGGUGAAUGAAUUCUGCCACCUCUGGCCACCACAGCCCCAGCUUCCUCCUUCGUCCCUGGUGGGUUUUGUCGACUGCUGCCGGAUUUUUAAGAACAAUUUUCCCAGCUCUCGAUGUGUUAGACGUACGCUGACUUUUCACAUACCUCUCUCCUUUUUUAUUAUUUUAUUGGGGGGAGGGAGGCUGGGGGUGUCAUGGGGAGUGGUGGGCGGGGAGAGCAUCCCACGGUGGCAGGGUGGGAGCAUGUGUGUUUCCCGAGCCCCAUAGGAUUCUCAGAUCCUGUGUUCUGUGUUCCAGCCACUCCUCCUUUGAUUUUUAAAAAUGACGCAAUAAUAAAAUUGCAGUAGUGACCUCAGCGUCUGGGACUUUU